AUGAAGAAACCCCGUUACUUGGGCGCAUUGGCCCUCAUUGCUCCCGGCGUCUCUGCGCAGAGCUGCAUAUCACUGGCUGGUUCUAAGACAUGCCCUGCUUUCAACUCUUCCUCAAUAUCGACAGAUUCUGCUUUAGUUGCCCUAUAUCCCUUUCUUGCUUUUGUGACGUCGACAGAGAGCUUCGAUACCCAAUUAAGUCAAUAUGUGGAUGAGCAAUAUGUACAGACAAAAUACAUCAAUAUCUUCGGUUGUGACAAUGUCAACCUGGGCAACACCUCCAGCUAUUACGCCCGUUAUACGAUCAGCUUUCUCUGCAACGGCAUCGUGCAGAACUCCAGGACGCCCUGCGGUCUAUCCCCCGCCGACUCUGAGCCCCUUUGUGCCGAUUCUUGUGCCGAAUUGGCGCUGAGUGAGGAACAGAUCGUCUCGAGCGACCUAUGCGCGGGUCGCAAUAGCGACUAUGCCGACGAACUCCGAGCCGACUUCACCAAUUGUGCUUUGCCAGCCAAUUCUAUUAGUGGCAGCUGUAUCACAGGGGAGUCGAACGAACCUGACGACUGCGGGUUCGGCGGCAAUCUGAUGGGUCUUUGCAGUUUUUGCCGCUCAAGUACCCUCAAUGGGACGGACUCCUGCUGCUUGACUUCCAACGCGACGGGUCGAUGCCAGGAUGUCACGCUUCCAGUCUUCUCCACCAUUUCAAACCUGUUCUCGUCUACCGCCAGUGCUACGUCUUCGCCUACCGUAAGCCCAACAGCGGUUGCUAGCCAUGGAGGCGGUGGUUUGAGUGGUGGCGCGAUCGCCGGAAUCGUCGUCGGGUCUGUAUUGGGGUUCCUUCUCCUCCUUGCCGUGAUCAUACUCUGCUUCAUAUGCUUUCGUCGCAGGCACAACGAUAGCAAAGCAGGCAGUGUUCUCAACCAGCCGUCGCCUCAGAGGAAAGGUGUUGUCUCCGCGUCCUACAACCAACCCAUGUCGCAGCAAGGAUAUGAAGUCUUGCCUGGCGGACGCGUCGCUCGCAUGUCUGCACUGCAAGAUGAUCAACCAGGCGUUGGACCUACAGUCGGACCACGAAAUUACACGUCCCACACUGACCCGUAUGGCGAGAGCCCCGAAUCGCGCGAAAAGACGGUUGGCGCGGUCAAAACUAAUGGCUCACCCGGCAGCGACUCACAUGGAUCGUCUCCGGGCGACUUCUCAUCGCCGGAAGGAGUUGCAAGUGGACAAUCAGAGCAGUUGCCGUUCUUCAAAGACUACUACUCUAAUGAUGAUAUUCACCCUGGAGAUAAAGUCUCGGUGUUGUGGGCUUAUCAACCUCGAGCAGGAGAUGAGUUUGAACUGGAACGCGGUGACAUGUUGAAAGUCGUCGGCAUCUGGGAUGACGGCUGGGCAACUGGAGUGCGUAUCAACGAGCGGGCGGAAGAUUACGAUGGCAAGCAUAAGGUGCAGCGAGACAGCGGUGUCUCGAACGGAUCGACCACUCGAGAAGAAUCUCCUACCCCGCCGGGGGAGAUCAAGGCCUUCCCCCUUGUCUGUGUCUGCCUACCCGAAGCCUGGAAGAAGACGGUAGAGGGUGAUACAUCUACAGAAAGCGGCUCAGGUGCUCCUCCGAUAUGA